GAUUGAAAGGAAAAAUCAAGAGGUCGGGGGGGUCGGAGGGCAGACCAAAAGUGCCAAUGUCGUGGACGCCCAGUUCCCGAGGUGGAAGGGGCCAGUCAGGCUUCUGGGUCAGGCAGCCGGUGUGGGAACCCGCGGGUCAGCAGAGAGCUGGGUGAAAGACCUUCAGGGAAAGGGGCUCGUUCAGGCCAGGCCUGGAGACCUGGGCUCACCUCCCGAGGUGGUUGUCUGCCAGGUAUGAAGCAGAUGACAAGCAGCACAGCGCGAGCAGAAGGCCAGCAAGAGUCUUAGGUGCUGAAAGCUCCCCGAAGUUGCACGUGAACAGGCUGAGAGGCAGAGUGGGGAGAAAAACAGAUGAGCCGGUUCUUGAAGUCUUCUAGAAAAGUGGGGGUAGGUCCAAGAGCAAAACUAACGUCUUUUUAAAAUGCCCACAGUGUUUCUUUUCCCCCCACGUCGACUCUACAGUCACCCCACGAAACAGGCUGCCUUAUUUCCAGUCUAUAGAUGAGGAGACCUGAGGCCCCGAGGGGGACACAGCUGAAUUUGUUCCUGUCGAAGAGUGGCUCCUUGAUUCCCAGGCGCUUUGAGGUUUUAGGAGUCCAGUAGGUGAAAUUCUCUACCUCUAAGGAGAAACGGUACCUGCUCCUUCUGCACGAGCAAGCUCUCCAUUGCUAUGGAUACCGAAUCCACGUAUUCUGGAUAUUCUUACUAUUCAAGUCAUUCCAAAAAAUCUCACAGACAAGGGGAAAGAAAUAGAGAGAGGCACAGAUCACCCCGGAGUAAGGAUGGCAGAGGGUCAGAAAAAUCAGUCACCAUUCAAGCUCCCACCGGAGAGCCCCUGUUGGCAAAUGAUUCUACUCGGACAGAGGACGCUCAGGAUGACAACUGGGGCGAGACCACCACGGCCAUCACGGGCACAUCGGAGCACAGCAUCUCGCAGGAGGACAUCGCCCGCAUCAGCAAGGACAUGGAGGACAGCGUGGGGCUGGACUGCAGGCGCUACCUGGGCCUCACGGUGGCCGCGGUGCUCGGACUCCUGGUCUUCCUCACCCCCAUCGCCUUCAUCCUGCUGCCCCCCAUCCUGUGGCGGGACGAGCUGGAGCCUUGCGGCACCAUCUGCGAGGGACUCUUCAUUUCCGUGGCCUUCAAGCUCCUCAUUCUGCUCAUCGGCACCUGGGCGCUGUUUUUCCGCAAGCAGAGAGCCGACGUGCCGCGGGUCUUCGUGUUCCGUGCCCUUCUCUUGGUCCUCAUCUUUCUUUUCGUCGUCUCCUAUUGGCUUUUCUACGGGGUCCGCAUCUUGGACUCUCGGGACCGGAAUUACCAGGGCAUCGUGCAAUACGCCGUCUCCCUCGUGGACGCCCUCCUCUUCAUCCACUACCUGGCCAUCGUCCUGCUGGAGCUCAGGCAGCUACAGCCCAUGUUCACGCUGCAGGUGGUCCGCUCCACCGACGGCGAGUCCCGCUUCUACAGCUUGGGACACCUGAGUAUCCAGCGAGCCGCGUUGGUGGUUCUGGAAAACUACUAUAAAGAUUUCACCAUCUAUAACCCCAACCUCCUAACAGCCUCCAAAUUCCGAGCAGCCAAGCACAUGGCCGGGCUGAAGGUCUACAACGUAGAUGGCCCCAGUAACAAUGCCACUGGUCAGUCCCGGGCCAUGAUCGCAGCAGCUGCUCGGCGCAGGGACUCGAGUCACAACGAGUUGUAUUAUGAGGAGGCGGAACACGAACGGCGGGUGAAGAAGCGGAGAGCGAGGCUGGUGGUCGCGGUGGAGGAGGCCUUCAUCCACAUCCAGCGUCUCCAGGCCGAGGAGCAGCAGAAAGCCCCGGGGGAGGUGAUGGACCCCAGGGAGGCCGCGCAGGCCAUCUUCCCCUCCAUGGCCCGGGCUCUGCAGAAGUACCUGCGCACCACCCGGCAGCAGCACUACCACAGCAUGGAGAGCAUCCUGCAGCACCUGGCCUUCUGCAUCACCAACAGCAUGACCCCCAAGGCCUUCCUGGAGCGGUACCUCAGCGCCGGCCCCACGCUGCAGUAUGACCGGGAACGCUGGCUCUCCACGCAGUGGCGGCUCGUCAGCGACGAGGCCGUGACCAACGGGCUGCGGGAUGGACUCGUUUUCGUCCUCAAAUGCUUGGACUUCAGCCUCGUAGUCACUGUGAAGAAAAUCCCAUUCAUCGUGCUCUCGGAAGAGUUCAUAGACCCCAAAUCUCACAAAUUUGUCCUUCGCCUGCAGUCCGAGACGUCAGUUUAACAGUUCUAUAUUUGUGGCUUUAUUAAAAAACGAAAAAAAAAGAAUAUAUAUAGAGAGAUAUAUGUGUACCAGAGGGACGUCUUUGUUUUUAUUCUUCUUCAUUGCUGAUUGAACGGGCAGAUGAGAGACCAGGGUCCUUUGACCCUCUGCACUUUAUUUGGAAGGAAGCCGAAGACGUCCAUCCUGGAAGACAGUGACUGCAGACAGCUGGCUUGUGGAUGGGGUGUCUCGAGGAGCCGUUCCCCGGCGUUUCUGUGACAGCUGCAAACCAAAGCGGAGCUGGAGGUUCUUGGGAACCUCGCCUUACAACGCAUCCUUGCCUUUUGUCCAGCACCUGGCCCUGCCCCUUGCUUCUGGCCGUCCCACUCGUGGGCGUCAAGGGGACGCACCUCUGUCCUGUUUCAGGGAACCAGACAGGACACAUCUGCACCGCAGGAGCCACGGGCUGUUCACAAAACGCCUGCCUUCAUCUUUGUUCUCUGUCACCUCAGGUUCUGCAGAGAAAGAACACAACGGACGUGCACUGUCAGUUUACAGACUUAAGGAUUUUUUUUUUUUUCUCCCCAAAGAGAACCUGCUUGCUCCGUUUCUGACCUGCUUCCCUACCGGAUUGAGCCAGCGGCCCUUUCCUAACACUGGGGUGGCCCACCCGUCCCCACUCCGUCCUGCCCCCCCAACACGCACCCCACACCCCACCUGGCUGGCAGGCCCGGCCGGGGAGCACAGCCAUCAGAGCCACCCGGGACCAGGCUCUUCAUGUGUGCCCGCCGUCUCCAGGCACAGCCUAAGUCUGCCCCACGGAUUGUUUGCUUGCGUAGGGAAGGGUGGAGUGGCCAGCAAAUAGAUCCCAUGGGGAGCAUGCCAGCUAGGAUGUCCCUUUCAGGCUGCGGCAGGGGCCUGUCCCCUCCCAGUCCUCCUCCUGCUGCUCCGCACCCACCAGGGGAAGACCCAUGCUGUGACUCUGGGACUGGCGCGAUCAGCUCGGAGCCUCUGUUUCCCAGGCGACGCGUUCUUACAAAGCUCCAGAACAGGUUGCCCGCCCAGGGAGACCAGGCAUCCCCCACUGCAGUGACAACUGCUGCAUCCAGUCCCAGGCCUCAGACCACCGUCACUGUGCGCUCCUCGCCUCCGCCCCUUACCAGCAAGAAGGGGCUUCUUGAGGCCCUGGUGCUUCAUUCCUUGUAGAUGGCGGUAAAGUGAGGAGAGGGCAUGGGCAAGCUGCAGCAUUCGGGGAAAAGAGAGUGGAGAGCCAGUCUCACGGUCCAGAAGGACACCUGUGCGGUCUGUUCCUUAGAUGCAGCUGGUUUUAGUGGGCCUUUCCCGGGCCUCGGGGAGCAGCGGGCCGGGGUGCGGGUGGAAGCGCCGCGGGGCAGAGCCCUGCAGCCACCUUCGCUGCCUCCGUCCGCCUUCCUGUGUCCACAACAAAUCUUUGCAAAAUAUGCGCUCUCGCUUUUCCCAGGUGUUGAGGGUAACCCGUCACCUUGCUUUAGCAAAGGAUGACACAGUCUGACGGGCUUUGUGUGUGUGUUCGCAUGGCGAUGCAUUCCACAAGCGGUGCAGUGUUUGUUAGUAUUGUUUUAAACCAGAAUGGGCUUUGGAUAUUUGUCACACCUGUACCUGAAAAAGUAAAGCGUGUUCCUUGAAUCACCAGCCUUCGGGUCAAAGAUGUGUUGGAAAAGAAGGAAGGGGACACCAGUUGGUGUGGCGUAGCGCCAAGAGGGACUCUGCACGGUUUCCAUUUAUGAAAAACAAGCACCAUGUCACCAUGGUGCUUUUUGUUCUUCUUAGUUUUGCCUUUAGGUCCCUUCAAGCUGGACAUUCCUUAUGAUGAUGUCUUUCUCAGGAAUAUAUUUUGGGAGAUUGGGCAAGGGACGGUGAAUGUGUAUGAGACUUUGGCUGGGUAUAAAGGUUAUACUGUCUCAGACUAAAUAUAGCAGAGGCUGCUGUGUCAGAAACCCAGCAGAAAUGCCAUACGUGUGUGUGUAUAUAUAUAUAUAUAAAUAUAUAUAUAUGAUUCACGAUGACACCAAAUGCAUCAGCAUUCUAAAAUACUGUGCUUCCAACCCUGUCUUAAAAUACCAGUCCAGGGAGUUCCCUGGUGGGCUGGCAGUUAAGGAUCCGGUGUUGUCACAGCUGCGGCUCAGGUCACUCCUGUGAGGCAGCUUUGAUCCCUGGCCUGGGCACUUCUACAUGCCGUGGGCACGGCCAAAAAAACAAAACAAAACAACAGUCCAGAAAGGGUUACGUUGGAUUCGUGGCUUUGGUGCCUGCCUUGCCAGCAGGGUGAAGAAAGGUUUAAAUUAAAGAAUUUAGUUCCUCUCUACCCCUUUCUCUUUCUCCCAGUCUUUGCAUAGGAGAAUGUCAGACUUUGUGAAAUUAUUGUUUCCGUGUUAAAUUGAAUAUCGAUUUUUUUUUUUUACACUGACUUUGUAUUGAGUCCUUUUGGAAAGAUUAACAUAAUAAAAUGCAGGAUCUUUGUAUCAAGACUUUGCACUUGCAAACCCUUUACAGCUUGAGUUACUGUUGCAGUGGGAACAAUGUAAAUGGCAUUUUAAAAAAAUUAAGGUUUCAGAAGAGCUGCCUCACACAGCUGAACACAGUGUGUUUCUAUUUCAGUUCUUGAAACUGUAACAGCCCACAGGCUAUUCCUUUUAAAAGGGGUAAACUGUGCCCCGGGCUCAUAGGAUUAGUAAGUUCCUGUUAGAGGGGACAAGAUCUUGUUUGCCUUAAGUGUUUAUAGAUUUCCUAUAACUUUCCAUCUAAGUUAUUAAAAUGUGAAUGUUAACCAGUAAGAAGUAGAAAAACCGUCAUGAGGAGUGUGUGUCUGAGAUCACGCUCUUCCCUGGUGACGUUUUAUCCGGGGAAUAAUUUCUGUCACUUUCAAAGAUGACAGUUUUUCGUCGUCCACAAACGGAACAUUGACGUCUGCGUUCGUAGAGCUGGAAGGGAUUUGUGGUGCAUCCAUUGUUUUCAUUACGUUAAAUGGAAACACAUAAUACUUUUGCUCAGUUUUGCAAAGUGAUCCCUAGAGAAAAUGUUGGACCAGUUUUUUUGCCCAACCGUCAUCAUCUCCAUUUCUCCCUCUCUGUCCUUUUCAAAUCUACACACAGGACACAUUCUGUACAGUAGAUGGGCCCUGGGAGCCGAGGGCUGUGUGUGUGUGGGGGGGGGGGUCUGCGGUGGGGAGAUUGUGGCUCUGCGGGUGUGGGGUGCGUGUUGGGUGGGGAUGAGCUGCUCCCCUCUUCUUAGCAUAGCCGGUGGUAGUGGGGACACUCAUUCUUGUGUCUCCUGGUCGCUUUGUCUUGAUGGGUUUAGAUGAGCCUGCGGCUCUGUGGGAAGCCACGAGCCUUGGGGCUGACAGCUGAUGACCCUCCUUACUCCCCUCCCCCUCCCCCAGGAGGGUGUGUAUUGCAGCCACUCGUGAAGUCACCACCAAGCCGGGUCCUUGGUUUACUCUCCUCCAAGUGGCCUUUGCCAUGUAAGGCUCCCACCCAGGGACGCAUAUUUGUUUGGGGGUAUGUGUUUCUGUGUGUGUGAGUGUUUCUCUGAGUGUAAUUAGCAGAAGGACAGCAUGUUUAUGUUAGACAUCCGAACAUCUGUGUUAUCUGAAGCAGAUGGGUGUGUAUUUCAGAAAAUUACUUGUGGACGUGUUUGUAUGGAUGAGUGGAUGUGAGCUCAUGUGUUUCUGCAUAUGCUCUGUGUUGGAGAGAUUUCCUAACUGCACCCAUCUUCUGGGGGAUUACUCUAAAGCCAGCUACUUCUCCCUUCCUUUACUCCUUUCCCUCGGUUACACUGGCUUCCCCCCAAAAGUAAAUGGCUUUAGCACAGCGAUGUCUUCUGGAGAGUCUGCUGUCCUGCAGGCAAGUCCAUUAGGCUCUUUCUUGCCCCAGGACCCUAUGACCUGAAAAUAGCAAGAAACAAAGAAAGAAACGUCAAGCUCCCUGAGGAGGACUCUUGCAAUUUCACGACCCUGGAAGCCUUACUGUAGAUUUCUCAAUAGAACCUAAAAAUUGAGCUUCAUUUUUAAAAAGAUUGAUUACUAAAAAGUAGCCCAGAAGUGGUGCCAUAAUAUUUGACUAGUCCAACAGAGACCCUGCGGUUCUAAAGCGUUAGUGUUAAGUACUUCGGGGUAGUGUGUAUGCUUUAUGGAUUUUGUUUUACACAAAAUAAAUCACUGCUGUGAAUUUCCUACCAUUAACUUUGUCGUAAUCCUUUAUAAAUCAAACAUGAGUCGUUCUUAAGCCCACAGCACAGUUUUUGAAUGGUAUUCAGUGCGGCAGUGAAUGAGAGGCUAUAGCCGCUACAUUGAAACCAUCAUAUUGAGCUUUAACCAAAUGGAUGCCCAGAAUAUCCGAUUUGGGAUCACAUUUUUGCCAAGACAGAUUUUGAUCAAAGACGAGAGAGAAGGGUAGUAAGACGUAUUUAUCAGGUCUUUUAAGUUAGGUGCUGUUCUGGAAUGUGCAUUCCUUUACGGUGGGGGCUAUUUCACUUUUACAGGUGAGAGAAAUGGGUGAUCAAAGAGGGAGGGUCUCGCCUAAACUCUCAGGGCGAGUAAAUGAACUUUCAAAUGUCAUGUUUGAUUCCAGUCCCUGGCUCACUGAACCUUGAGGUGUUACCUAAAUAAUUUGGCAUUUGGGGAUGUGGAGGAAAGAUCUGAGGACACUUAACCUUGAAUUCAGAACCCAGGGUUGGGGUUCAUUGGCAGUGGAAUGCUUCUGUUCUUUGUCAGUUUGCACGGGAGCUGUGACGGGGAAAGCUGCUCCACCGGGCUGGCAGAUUUCUCUGGAUUUUCAUUGGAAAGCACAUGAGAGGCGCCCUUCCCCUGCUAGUGUUGCACGCUGUAGGACUGGUGCUAUAGUUUCUGGCAGCCACCCUUUGCUUUUGCCUGUCCCGCCCUGCAGGCUUGAGCAGGUGUGCACCUUGGUGGCGCAGGGGGCAGGGGUGUGGGAUGUGCAGGGGCUGAGACUUAGCCACCUCCUGACCUGAGGUGGCCUCUUUCUGAGGCUUUGUCAACAUGUUGCCCCAGCAGCUUCUCCCUGUUGGGAUGGGAGACAGACUGCCUGCCAGCCCAGUCUCGGGAGGUUUGGGACUGGCCUCUGUCUUUGACUUGGCUGUUCUCAGCAGGCACUCUGCAUCCCACUAUGUCCCCCCCCCCCAUUUGCCCUCCAAGAGGUUUCAUCAGCAGAUGUAAAACAGGACUCUGAAAACAUUGUUUUCGUCUCUUCCAGUGUCUUUGGGUUUUGGUUCAGUUUGCUCAAUUACCGUCUUCUCUCUUGCUGUUUGCUUUUAGUGGGGAACCAGAAAGGGCUGGUGACACACCUCUCAGCACUGCUACUUACUAGGAAUGAGUAAGACACGUGUUCAGAGGGUAGCUAGGAAGUGUAAAACUACUGCGUGAAAUUAGAUUCUAGGACUCUGUGUCCCUUUUCCCAGGCCUGUCCCAUUUCUGCUUCGAUAACCCAGUUUGUUUUGUUUCACCUGUAACAUAAAUCUCUUCAGUGGGUUGUCGGAGAGUCUCCCCAACACAACGCGGAUUUCUGACACCUGAAGCAGCGCAGUGAAAAGUAUGGCGCCAGGAAUCUACAACUGAUAACGUCCCUCAGCUUGAAAACAUCCGUGCUUUGUCCUUGUUUUAGUGGGAUAAAAACACUCUUAUCGUGAGCCUUGGGGGCAAACGUGACCAACCCCCAGGCUUUUCUCUUGAGUGUCUUUGGCACUUCUCUUGGCACUGAGACAAUAUUUGGAUACAAGUGAAUGUACAGUAUCUCGUUUUGUAUUUGCCUGUAUUUAUCUGAGCUCUCCCUGUGAACAUGAGCUUUCAUUCUGAUUUUUUAACCACCCCCCAACGCCCUGGCCCUGGGAAAGCUUCAUCUCUGAGGGCCAGAGACUGUUGCUCAGGGAAUUUAGUCAGAGCACCUGGGCGUCUGAUCCGCAGGUGUCAAGUCGGAUCAGUUCACCUUGUAAGGAAUUUAGACAGUUAACCCAUCAUCCUCAAGUCAGAGGCCAGGUGGAGAGGGGUGGCAGUUGCUUUUCAUGUGCCAGUGCCCCUCAGUAUAGAAAUAAUGGAAAAUUCACUUUGUACUGAUCUUCCUUCUAAAAAAUUAAUAAGAAAAUCCAAACUCUGCUGAUACUUUCUUAUUUUUAUAAUAGAUUCACAAUAGGCUUUCACUAGACAGCCAACUCCUCUGGGACUCCUGAAUUAUGACAUGAUUAACAAAAUUUGAUUUCAAAGCCGUUGUUUACAACAACUAUUGCGUAGAGUGCAGGACAGCAGCGGGAUGAGGGCCGGGGUGGGUAGUGGCUCCCUGGGGCAGUGAAUUAUCUCCUGCUGUGAUGACCGCUUCCUCCACCGAGACGUUGAGAUGCUACAGAGAAGACCAGAGAGGCCCGGGCCGGGUCUGACUCCAGGGAAGUUUAUUUGACAAUCGAUUUUGUGUUGAGUUCCCCUUACAUGUUUACACUUUUGGAUUUAGAAUCCAGUAUCAACCCAGCAAGCUCAGCGAUGAAACCAUCUGUCUCUCUCCGACGGAGCCGUAGCUGUUUGUGCAAAGAUGUGGCCAGGGGUGUCUUGUGUUUCCUCUUAUUAGUUAAUACUGCACUUCGUAACUAGGAGGGGCAAUUUUGCUGUUUAGCAAAACUCACAAUCACUAGGUAUGUAUGACAAAAUCUGAGAGUGAUUUCUCUCAUGACCUGGGUGGUGGGCUCUUUGGAGACAUUUCAAACAUGAAUGAAUGAACUACGCUACCAGCAACCAUCUGCCCGUAAUAUUUACCUACAUUCACAGGGCGUAUGCCCUGUAGCCUAUGCUCACUGUAACAUCAGUAACAAGGUUAGAGGCUAUAAGGGGCAUAGUGUACCUGGCGUCGGAGUUAUUUUGUUUUUUUUGUUUGUUUGUUUGCUUUUGGGUCCCCCAUUCCAGUUAACUGUAAAACACUUUACCUGUUACAUUUUUUAUACUGUAAAACUUGGAAAAUAAACUGAAACCCCACAUUA